GGCGGGCAGGGAGCGGCGGCGGCAGGUGAGGGCCUCCCGCCGGCGGAGGGCGUGUCGGCGGCGCCAGGUGCCUGAGUCCCGGCCGGGCCGCGGGGAAGUGUCGCCGGAGCGUGGCGCGGGGAGCUGGUGCCCGCGGCUCCCGGACCUGCGCCGGACGCCGGUCCCAGCCACCAGCCUGCACCCGCCGGGCCCCGGGAACCCCCGGCGGCCCCGAUGGAGCUCCGCCCGCCGCCCUCCGCCUUCCUGCUGCUGCUGCUGCUGCUGCCGCCGCCGCCUGUGCCCGCGGUGCCCGCAGCCCCGGGCCCCUGGCGCUGCCCGCUUAUCCCCUACUCCGCCUCCCGCGACUUCGACGUGGAGUACGCGGUGCCCCGCUUCGCGGCCGGCGGCCCGGUGCAGGCGCUGGCCGCCUACGAGGGCGGCGAGGGCGGCAGCGCCGUGUUCGUGGCCACGCGCAACCGCCUGCAUAUGCUGGGCCCGGACCUGCGGCCGCUGGCGAGCCUGGCCACCGGCCCCGCCGGCCACCCCGGCUGCCAGACCUGCGCGGCCUGCGGCCCCGGCCCGCACGGCCCCCCGGGGGACACGGACGCCAAGCUGCUGGUGCUGGACCCCACGCUGCCCGCGCUCAUCAGCUGCGGCUCCAGCCUGCACGGCCGCUGCUUCCAGCUCGAGCUGGAGCCCGGGGAGCCCGGGGAGCCCGCCCCGCGCCUGGCGCCGCCCGCCUGCCUCUUCGCCGCCGCCCGCAACCGGCCCGAGGCCUGCCCGGACUGCGUGGCCAGCCCGCUGGGCACCGUGGCCACCGUGGUGGAGCAGGGCCGCGCCUCCUUCCUCUACGCCGCGUCCUCGCUGGACCCGCAGGUGGCCGCGAGCUUCAGCCCCCGCUCCGUGUCCAUCCGCCGCUUCCGGGCCGACGCCUCGGGCUUCGCGCCCGGCUUCGAGUCCCUGUCGGUGCUACCCGCGCACCUGGCCUCCUACCGCAUCCACUACGUGCACAGCUUCCGCGCCGGCGACUUCGUGUACUUCCUGGCGGUGCAGCCGGCCAGCCUGUCCGCCGCGCCCGGCGCCCUGCACACGCGCCUGGCCCGGCUCAGCGCCCUGCAGACGGACGUGGGCACCUACCGCGAGCUGGUGCUGGACUGCAGCUUCGAGCCCAAGCGCCGGCGCCGCGGGGCGGCCGCGGGCGGGCAGCCCUACCCGGUGCUGCGCGCCGCGCACACGGCGCCCGUGGGCGGCCGCCUGGCCCGCGAGCUGAACGUCGCCGAGGGCCAGGCCGUGCUGUUCGGCGCCUUCGGGGCCGGCGGCGGCGGCGGGCGCGCGGGGCCCGGCUCGGUGGUGUGCGCCUUCCCGCUCCCGCUGCUGGACGCGCUCAUCGAGCGCGGCGUGGAGCGCUGCUGCGGGGCGCGCGGCCCCCAGGGCCUGCGGCGCGGCCUCGACUUCUUCCAGCCGCCCAUCCUGUGCCCCAACCCGCCGGACCCCACGGUGCCCAACUCCAACGGCAGCUGCUACCGCUUCCCCCUGCUGGCCAGCGGCAGCCUGUCCCGCGUGGACCUGUUCAACGGGCUCUUGGGGCCCACGCAGAUCACGGCGCUGCACGUGACAAGCCUGGACAACGCCACGGUGGCCCACAUGGGCACGGGCGACGGGCGCAUCCUGCAGGUGGAGCUGGCCAGGUCCCUCGGCUAUCUGCUGUACGUCUCCAACUUCUCACUGAGCCGCAGUCAGCAGCCCGUGCACCGGGAUGUCCGCCGCCUUGGGAACCACCUGCUCUUUGCCUCUGGGGACAAGGUCUUCCAGGUGCCCAUCGGCGGCCCCGGCUGCCGCCACUUUCUCACCUGCGGGCGCUGCCUGCGGGCACAGCGCUUCAUGGGCUGCGGCUGGUGUGGGAGCACAUGCGGCCGGCAGGAGGAGUGUCCGGGCUCCUGGCAGCAGGACCGCUGCCCCCCUGAGCUUAUCGAGUUCCAUCCUCACAGCGGACCCCUGCGGGGCAGCACCAGGCUGACCCUGUGCGGCUCCAACUUCUACCUGCACCCUGACGGCGUGGUGCCCGACGGCACCCACCAGGUCACUGUGGGCCAGAGUCCCUGCCGCCUGCUGCCCAGGGACAGCUCAGACCCCAGCCCCAUGUCCUGGAACGGCUUCAUAGAGGAGUUUGCGUGUGAGCUGCAGCCCUCGGGCACGCAGGCAGCGGGGCCUGCCAACGUGAGUCUCGCCGUGACCAACAUGCCACGGGGCGAGCACUUCCAGGUGGAUGGCGCCUCCGAGCUGCCCGGCUUCUCUUUCAUGGAGCCGGUGCUGAAGGAGGUUCACCCCCUCUUUGGCCCGCAGGCCGGGGGCACCCGCCUUACCCUUAAGGGCCAUGGCCUGGACAUAGGCACCAGCCGGGCCGUGCUGGUCAAUGGCAGCCAGUGCCUGCUGGACGGGGUCAGCGAGGGGCAGCUGGUGUGCACCACGCUGCCCGGCACCGCCCUGGCCAGCGUCCCCAUUCGCCUGCAGCUGGGGGGCGCCCCAGUGCCCGGCUCCUGGGCCUUCCACUACCGGGAGGACCCUGUCGUGCUGGGCAUCAGCCCCAACUGCGGCUACAGCGGCUCCCACGUCACCAUCCGCGGCCAGCACCUGACCUCGGUGUGGCGCCUGGCGCUGUCCUUCCACGACGGGCUGAAGGCCGUGGAGCGCCCGGUGAGCGGGGCGGGCAGCUGCCAGGCGGGCACUGGCCAGGAGGGAGGAAGGCCAGCCGGUCCCCUGAGCCCAGCCCCCCCCCCCCCCCCCCCCCCCCCGCUGGGCUGUGGAGACCGGGUGGCCCCGGGCGGGGCCUGCCUAACCCUCUCGCUGGGCCCGCAGUGCGCGGGGCAGCUCCCAGAGACGCAGAGGUGCCGCCUGCCCGAGUACGUGGUCCGAGGCCCCCAGGGGUGGGUGACGGGGAACCUGAGUGCCCGGGCGGACGGAGCGGCUGGCUUCACGCUGCCUGGCUUCCGCUUCCUGCCCCCGCCCCACCCCCCCAGCACCGACCUGGCCCCCCUGAAGCCGGAGGAGCGUGCCGUUAAGUUCGAGUACAUCGGCCUCGGAGCUGUGGCCGACUGCGUGGACGUGGGCGUCACCCUGGGCGGGGAGAGCUGCCAGCACGAGCUGCGGGGCGACGUGGUCAUCUGCCCGCUGCCCCCCGCGCUGCCGCUGGGCGGGGACGGCGCCCUCCUGCAGGUCUGCGUGGACGGCGACUGCCACGUCCUGGGCAGAGUGGUGCGGCCAGGCCCGGGGGGCCCCCUGCAGAGGACGCUCCUGGGUGUCCUGCUGGCCCUGGUGCUGCUCGUGGCUCUGCUGGCCACGGCGCUGGCCUUCAACUACCGGAGGCGGAAGCAGCUGGCCUUCUCUGCGAACCUGGACAGCCUGGCUUCUGCGGACCCGACCACCAGAGGCCUGCCUCUGCCUCAGCUCCGGGCGGGCUCCGACUACAGACACGGCCCUGCGACCCCCACCGGGGACGGCCUGGAGGCCGCCUGUGGGGGCCUCGCAGCGUCCUUCUCGGACAGCGGGGACGGGUCCCGUGUCCCGCUGCUUCGGACCAAGUCCAUCCAGCUCGGGGACCUGGACCCACUGCUCCUGGCCGAGGUCAAGGACGUGCUGAUCCCCCACGAGCGCGUGGUCACCCACAGUGACCGGGUCAUCGGCAAAGGCCACUUCGGGGUUGUCUACCACGGAGAGUACAUCGACGAGGCCCAGAAUCACACCCACUGUGCCAUCAAGUCAUUGAGCCGCAUCACGGAGGCGCAGGAGGUGGAGGCGUUCCUGCGGGAGGGGCUGCUGAUGCGCGGCCUGCACCACCCGCAUGUGCUGGCACUGGUGGGCAUCGUGCUGCCGCCCGAGGGGCUGCCCCGCGUGCUGCUGCCCUACAUGCGCCACGGCGACCUGCUCCGGUUCAUCCGCUCGCCCCAGCGGAACCCCACGGUGAAGGACCUGGUCAGCUUCGGCCUGCAGGUGGCCCGCGGCAUGGAGUACCUGGCCGCGCAGAAGUUCGUGCACCGGGACCUGGCCGCCCGCAACUGCAUGCUGGAUGAGUCCUUCACGGUGAAGGUGGCGGACUUCGGCCUGGCCCGCGGUGUGCUGGACAAGGAGUACUACAGCGUGCAGCAGCACCGCCACGCGCGCCUGCCCGUCAAGUGGAUGGCGCUGGAGAGCCUGCAGACCUACCGCUUCACCAGCAAGUCGGACGUGUGGUCAUUUGGCGUGCUGCUAUGGGAGCUGCUGACACGGGGUGCCCCGCCGUACCCCCACAUCGACCCUUUUGACCUCACCCACUUCCUGGCCCAGGGCCGUCGCCUGCCGCAGCCUGAGUACUGCCCCGAUGCCCUGUACGCCGUGAUGCAGCGCUGCUGGGCGGCGGACCCCGCGGCCCGCCCCACCUUCGGGGCGCUGGUGGGGGAGGUGGAGCAGGUGGCAGCCGCCCUGCAGGGGGACCACUACGUGCAGCUGUCCGCGGCCUACGUGAACCUGGGCCUCGCCGCUGCCUCCGAAGAGCCCAGUGUGCCCCCAGGACUGCCCGUGUCCCCGCGCGGGCACUGGAGCCCCAGCCGGCCCCGGCCCCUCUCAGAGCCGCCGCGGCCCACGUGACCCCGGCCCCAGGCAGCCCCGAGGGCUGCACCCGCAUCACCCUCCAGGGAGUUAGCCCCAUGCGGCGCCAAGGGUCCCCCAGCGUCUCUGUUCCUGACCUCUAAUCUUCAGGCUGCGGCAGGUGCAGGGCACACGGACCCCCCGGGGAGCGCGAGGGGCUCCGUGGCGCGAAGGGAGCUGCUGCUGGGCGCCCGGCCUCGGGCGCAGGGGCCUCAGCGGUGACGCCGGCCCAGGAGCCGCCAGAGACUAUAGCAGACAUUCUGGCAGACGCUCUGAAGAGGAAGACAGAUGGCUCUGGCCCGUGUGGCUCAGGUGGUUGGACGUCAUCCCAUGCACCGAGGUUGCUGGUUCAAUUCCUGGUCGGGACACAUGCCUGGGUU